UCGGUUGCCAUAGAGCCUUCCCUGGCCAAACCCCUGUUCUCUUCAGCUUCUAGGCCUCUCUCCACUGCCUAGUUUUCAUCAUCUGAACUGACAGUGAUCCCUGGCAGUGCCCAAUAGGCAGGGACCCCUGUCUUCUCCCACCCCUUCCUUGCCCAAUUCCCUGUGGUGCUUUAUGAUGCCUCAUGUGUCAUUUCUUCUAGGAAGCUUUCUCCAAGCCAGAGCCCCUAAUCCCUGUUCCCACAGCAUCUCCAUAUGCCUGUCUUGAUGCUUUUAGCAUAUUCUAUUAAAAUAUCUAAUUAGGGGUCUGUCUUCCCAUAUGGACUCUAAACACCUCAAGGGCAAGUAUUAUUUAUUUUCUCCAGCAACCAAUCCACUGACUAACACAUGCCAGGAAUUCAAUGAUUAUUUUUUUUAACUGAACAGUUUUCUUAAAAUAAAUCAGUAUCAGAAGGUAUAAUGGUCUACAUGGGUAGCUAACUAAUCAAUUUAUUAAUUGAGCCCCUACCAUUUAAAAAAUAUUUUGCCAAGAUAAAUGGGGAUUCCAAAAUGAAUAAAGUCUUUGCCUCCCAUCUAGAUCAAGAAAUAAAAUAUGAAUAUAUGAAAAUCUACCAGAAGUUAUGCAGACAAGCAGUUGGAGAAUGCUGGAAAGAAAAUAAUUCAACAGUCAGUCCUGCAUUCUCACAGAAGGAGAGACACCCUUCUCUAUCCUUGGAAGAACUUAAAUUCUUAUCACAGCUAACGGAAUCCUUUGUGAAGCUGGAAAACAACAUUCAGGAACUGUUUGAAGAAACACUUUCAUUGCUUAAGAUGCCCAAGAGUUGUCCAGGAAUAUUGGAGAAACCUAAUAAGGCAGUCAUGGCAGAAAUGCAUAUAGCAAAGGAAAACAAUCCUCCACCAGAGCCAUCAUUACCAGUAAAAGAGGCUACUUUACUAGAGUUUGGCUGGAGAAAUUCAUUUAAACAAGUAUCUCUUGCCAUAGCACACUGCAUAUCAGCCGCCAUUGAAGGUUUUGUCACAAAAGUUCUCCAACAGGAACAAACUGAAAGGACUUCAGCUGCAAGCUACACUAUGAAUCUUAUAAAUGUUCCACAACAUUGGCCAGAAGGUCACAUAUUUCCAGAGGAGGAACAACCAAAGAGAGUUGCCAAGUUUUGUUCUGACAUUAUGGAAAAGCUUGAUGCAAUGCUUCCACUGGCCCUGGCAUGCCGAGAUGAUUCUCCUCAGGAAAUCAGAGGGAGCCUGGUGGAGGCCUGCUGUAAAGUGGCAACAGCCGUCCUGGAGAGACUGCGGGAGAGAGGCACGGAGGUUCCUUCCAGAGCACCUCUGAAGAACCUGCACAUCAUCCUGUCCUCGGCAGCGUAUGUCUCGCAGUGGUUCAUGCACUACGAUAAUCUGAUGAAAGAGACAGCUAAGAAACCCAUAUUCCUGGUGCCUGUCCAGCGAUAUCAGGAAUUCAUCAGCACUGUACAGUUUCAGGUUACGGACUACUGCAUCAGAGUUUGUGCUACGAGCAUUUUACAGGAUGCCGAGAGCCACCACUGGGAGGACUACAAAGCUUUUUAUGAGGGGGAAAGAUGUUCCUUCGCCAUCCAGAUGUGGCAUUACUUCAGCUGGGCUCUGCAUCACGAUCUCUGGACCAUACUGCCCCCUAAGCUGGCCCAGGAGAUUCUAGCCGAGCUGCUGGAGAAAUCCUUGGGUCUACUUGCCUCCAGAUAUGCUCGGGCCCACCCCAGUCCUAGGAGAACUGCACAGAUAAGACUUGAUAUCACGGCAAUCUUAAUAUGUACUGAGAAAAUGUUGUGGUCAGUUUGUACCUCUGAACAGGAAAUUUUGAAUCCUCAUAAGUAUAACAACCAUAAAAUUUUUAAAAUCCAUAUUCAUUGCAACAAUCUCUUCACAACAUUAGCAAUUUUGACAUCACCAUUAACAGAAUUAUAUAAGACUUUUCAGGAUGGUAGGGACGAGUCAGCUUCAUAUGCCUUCACUCCAUUGUUUAAUCAGCCAUUACACUGGAUUUCAUGCAUAUCACAGUUCCAUCCUUCUCUCCUCAGGCCUCCAUCAGCGAGAGGACUGACAGCCCAGGGUCAAUUGAAACUGCUCUUAUCCCAGCCAUGCUGUAAGUGGAACCUGCUUCUGGAGACCUUACUACAUGGUGAUGGCCUCAUAGCGAGAAUCCUGUUGAAAAGUGCAAAACAAGCUGCUGGCAUGGAGAGUAAGCAGAGUGCAGGCUGCAGUGUGGUGGGCACCAUCUUUGAAGUUCUGUAUUGGUGUCACUUAUCCCCACAGACAUUCGGAAAUGUAUUUACGAGCCACAUGGAAGAAGAACAACUCUGGGACUUUUUGUGCAACAUUCCAGUCUCGGCAUUCACAGAGUCGCAGCCGGAAGUUAUCCGCUGUCUGAGACUGGCACUGAUUGACUCCGUCAAGGACACUGUGCAACAAAUAAUAUCCCUGGUGAGAUGUCGGAGAAACAGCGAGACAAAGCUAAACAAGCCCCCUGUUCCUGAGCAUCUGCUUCAGAGCAUUCCACGAGAAUGGAAUUAUAUUCCAAGAGAUUCCACAUGGAAAGAGUCAAAUAAAGGCUUCACCAGGCUUGCCGCGCAGGCAGUGUCUAUUGUCCUCAGCAAGUUACCUACAGUGAUUGCAUGCUUGCCUCCUACAAUUAAACACUUCUUUUUUCUGUCUGAGAGAAAAAUGUCAAAAAACGUGGCUGAAUUGAAGAAAGCUGGCCUGCUUGUCUGGAACUUGAUUGUAAUUAUAUGUCGGAUAUUUGAGGAUGGGAACACCGUGGAACGUUUAACAGGUUCCUCCCUUGACAGAUGGAGCAAGGAGAAACUGGGUUUAAUUUGUUUGUGUUUGGAAAGUAUCCUGGGAGAGCAAAGCAGUCCUAGUCAGCUGACCCAAAAGGUCAUCCUGCAUAUCGAGCGGCAAAGUCCCAACUGGAUAGAGCACCAGCUUCUGAAAGCACGGACACUGAGCAUCAAAAGUGCAUCCAUGCCGGUGGAGGGAAGCUCUGGCUCAGAAGGAGACGCUGUUCUUGAACUGACUGAGCAGAAAACAAACGCGAUGGUCCUGGAUCUCUGCCACAAACCAGGUGGCAGCAAGUACCUGCAGCAAAUUUAUCACAUCAUGCAACUCAAUGAGGAAUAUUUAAAAGAGCAACCUUUCGCUAUGAAUGGUUCAGAAGAAAAGCCAUUCCCCAUCCAACCUUUGAAGGAGGCCUUGAGAAAUGGUGAAGAUCAGCCUCCUGCUUUUGACCCUUUCUACGUGCACAAGGUGUUCAGUGAAAGCAUGCUGGAUCAGGCAGCCACGGCGACAUGGUACUGGGACUGGUCAAACUUGCUGCCAAAUUACUUAGGACUGGAUAAGAUGACCUUCGGCCCACUACUCAAAAACAGGUGGGAAAUGAGGAAGGAUGAAACACUGGAAAAGAAUGAAAAAAUGAUGCUUGAACAUUUAGAACAGAUCUGUACCAUACAGGAUUCUUCCACAUCAGACAGUACAAAUGAGCAGUAAUCUGCAGAAAAACAACGGAUGCUUUUCGCCAGCCUCAGAAGGAGCCUCACACGUCAUAGAGUGCAUCCGUUAGCCUAUGUACCGAAAGAAUCACUGGACUAAAGACUGAAAGGCUCCACGUUUCCUAUUUUAAAAAUAAGUUCAUAUUGUUUCAUUUCACAAUAUUUCUCCUCCUGUGAUAAAACUGCUGCCAUCUCGUGUUCCUUUUGAAUUAUGUGAGGUGUUUUUUUUUUCUUUCAGUACUGAAGUAUCUAUGACAACAGGCAAAAUGUUUGGAAGUAUUUUUCUAGGGAUUUCUUAUACAAUAUUUGGAUGUGUAGUUGAUUGGAGCCCCCAUGGAAGUCAUGUGAAUAUUACAAUUUAAUUUUGUAGCUGCAGCCCAAAUCUGGAUCUUAAUUGCCUUUAAUACUCAUGGCUGAACCUGUCCCUACUUCCCAUGUAACCUUUUCCCUGUUCACUCUAAAUCAUAACACAAAAAACCAGUCUAGCACUGUUCCUGUCAGUCACAUUCCUGCUUGUGAUGCUUGUUGCUUUUCUCCUAACUCUCAUUCCACUUAUAUGCUUCCACAUCCUGGGCCAAGUGGCUCUAAUUCAGGCAACUCCUGGCAUCCUUUUGGCUCAACCAAAAAAUAAAAAAAUAAAUAAAAAUAAAAAUAAAAAUUGCUACUUUUUUCCCAAUCAAAAACUACCUUCCUUUCAAAACUAUGUUGAAAAGUUAUCCUUCUCUAUCCCUCAUUAUCUACAAUGUCUGUUAAUUUUAUUAUUUCCACUGUCUACAAGAUGCAGGGGGGGGAGUGAUGUGGGGGGAUGCGUUCUAUUACCUUGUCUGCCAAGUACAAUUGUAUGUAUUUCGUAUGUUCUUCCUAUCAUGGCCUGGUACUGGAUUAUAAAGAACCCAAAGGCAUUAAAUAUGAGGUUUUCCUUUAUUAAUCAGAA